CCAGACUAUCCUCAUUGCCUGAAUACAGAGCUGCAGUCAUAACUUUGAUCCCAGAGACAAGACUUCUUUGGACCAAGGCAAUGAUGGCUUUCCCUCGACAAUCUCGUGUACAUGUUCUUCCUCCAAAGAGGAAUCAAAUGUGGGAGCCGAAUCAUGACACCAUGCAUGGAUCUGCACAAUCUCCCAGAAACUACAGGGUUCAUGACUCGCAACAGAUGGUGUGGGUCCUGACUGGAAAUUCUUUAACAGCUGUUCCUGCUAGCAACAAUGUCAAGCCUGUCAUUCUUAGCUUGAUAGCAUGUAGAGACACGGAAUUCCAAGAUGAAAAGAAAGGUAAUCUAGUUUUCCUGGGAAUCAAGAACAGAAAUCUCUGUUUCUCCUGUGCUGAGAUGGAGGGCAAACCAACUUUGCAGCUUAAGGAAGUAGACAUCAUGAAUUUGUACAAAGAGGGAAAAGCACAAAAGGCCUUUCUGUUCUACCAUGGCAUAGAGGGCUCCACUUCUGUCUUUCAGUCAGUCUUCUAUCCUGGCUGGUUUAUAGCCACCUCUUCCAUAGAAAGUCAGACAAUCAUCCUCACACAUCAGCGGGGUAAAUUUGUUAAUACUAACUUCUACAUAGAGUCUGAGAAGUAAAUCCAGAAUGGAUCAUAUGUGGCCAGCUCCAGGACACAGAAUCAAACUGUUGAAGAAUCUUCUACUUGAAAACAUAGCAAGCCUCUUAGAAGACCACCAUGCCAUAUCUUCGCCAGACAUCCAUGUCCAAAAGGCCAUUCAUUUGAAUAUCAUUCCAGCAUGAAGCCCAUGAAUCAUUUUUAUCCUUUUCUGAUCUUGUCCACCAUCCAGCCAGCUACCACAGCCAGUCAAGUUACAGUGUUUUUACAUGCAACUCACCCUCCAUCUUCUCACAGCAGGCAAUGGAGCAGAAAUGUGGUUUCCCAAUCAUUAAUGCAAGAUUCUUCCUUCUUCACUUUAUGUAUGCUGAUUGUAAUACAUUGUGUAUAUUGAAACAGAUGAUCAACAAUUUAUAGGUAAAUCUCAAGAAUGAGGCAACAUGAAAGAACAUUUUUUAUGUCUUGGUAAUUGAAAUGAUUCAGAACAUCUUCAGUUAAUAAUCUGACACACAGUAUUUACUUGCAUUGUGGUGACUGUUAACCAAAGUGAAUAUAAAAUGAACACAACUUUCAAAGAGUCAUUCACAUCAAUUAAAAUUUCAAACUAAUU